GGCGAGGUCAAGGAAACAUUUAUGAUUUUGUGAUUUAGAGACAGCUGGACUAAUUCUGAAGUCAGAACCUUGAAGACUGCAAGAUGAACAGUCCACAGAGCUGCACAGAGGAUGAAGCUCCUGACGCUCAACAUGCAAAAUCAACCAAAGGGUCAAAGGUCACCUCAGAGAGAAUAGCCCUGUCCGUUUUCAGUGUUCUCCUGGCAGCAGCUGUCAUUGUUAUUUACCGUCUCUCUGUUGAAAACUGGCUUAGCAGAAAAAAUCUCCAAACACUGAAUGAAGAGAAUGCAGCUUUGAGGAAAACUCUCACGGAAGUAAAAUCAUGCAGCAAUAAGAAUCUCACGUGUCCUGAAAUUCCUAAAGUAAAUAUAAACGGGCCAUGUGCAUGUGAUGAAGGCUGGGAUGAACAUGGAGGAAAGUGUUAUUACUUCUCCACCAAUAAAUCAUCCUGGACAGAGAGCAGAGAUGAAUGUAGGGCUAAAGGAGGCGACCUGGUUAAGAUAGAUAACUGGUGUGAGCAGAUUUUUCUAAGAACCAGAUUGAAUGGAAAAAUGGAGAACUUUGACGACAUGUUCUGGAUUGGCCUGACAGAUGCAGUGGAAGAGGGCAGAUGGUUGUGGUUGGAUGGCUCACCACUAAACACAAGUUUGUCUUUUUGGGCUGACCAUGAGCCGGACAACUGGACUCAUGAAAAUCCUGAUGGAGAGCAUUGUGUAAGGCUGGGGGAAGAAGAAGGAGAAGAACCCCUGAAGACUUGGUAUGAUAAGUUUUGCAAAGCUCCUAAUAAGAGCAUAUGCGAAAAAUGGGUAAAAACAGAUUGACUGACUGUUUUAUUUCAAACAUAUAAAUAUAACUGAACUAACAAGAGAAUGCAUUGUAAAAGAUAUUGAGUGGUCAUGAAUAUCUGUGUGUACCACUUAGAU